AUGGGCGCGCCGCUGGUCGCCGCCGUCGUUGCGGUGACGCUCAGCGUUGUCGUGCUCGGCCAAACCAGCCGCGCCACGGGCAAGCCCGACAAGCGUGUCGAGGCCCUCAACCUCUCGAAUGCCUUUUCGUGCGCUGGCGGCCCAACCCUUUGUCCUGACGCUGGCACGUUCAAGUCGGCGGGCGGCAACCUCACGGUCACCGUCAUUGAGAUGCGCAAUUUACCCAACCUCGACGGCUUUGGCGCCGCGGGUGGGCUCACGGACGCCUUCAUCCGAGUCGCGUUUGGCACGAAUUCGCGCGACUCGUCGUUCAUCCGCAACAGCCUCAACCCGAGCUGGGCGCCGUGUCGGACGCUGGGGUGCCUCGGCUACAAGAAACCAUCCGCGAUCUCUCGUUCGGGUACCGCUUGGGACAAGGACGACGGCCUCGAGUUUGCCGACGACUUUAUUGGGGGCCUCAACCUCAACGUCAUUUACUGCACAGCUCUGACGGCGUACAAGCAAAAGACGCCGAAUGCUGGCAUGGACUCGUCCUUCGCGAUGCCGUUGCAGCCUGUGUGCGUCGAAGAGAUCUGGCUGCCACUUGCACCCGGCGAGUGCAUUGUCAACGGCACCGUGAGCACCACCCUUCCGUGCCUCCGCCUGCGCCAAACCGUCGUGCCCUUCCAGGUCCAAAUCGAAGAGACGUAUGCGACGACCCGCGUCGCUACGAUGGCCAUGGGUCUUGGCGGCUACUACGGCGACGCCACGUCGACCAUCUACGGCCGCGUCUGGACACCGGGGAACCAGCGGCUCCAGCCCUACUACAAGAUGGCCAAAUCCCAAGGCGGUGUCCUCGUCCGCAUGGACAACAACCCAGGCAUGAACAACGACUACGGCAACGCGUCGUUGGCAGGACAGUAUGGAUUCCCGCCCCUCGGGCGCUUUAGCAUCAACUUUCCGUCGGCCAUGUACGUGUUCCGACGGCAAACCGACUUUGGCUACGUCGACGCGGAAGAGUCGGCGCAGAUCGUCAACAUCGCCGACGACUUUGUCGCUGUGACGCGCAACGUGUCGGCGACGCCCGUGAACACGUACGGUGACGCGCUGGGCGGCGGUAUCGUUGUCGGACCCAACAUCCAGGCGUCCAACCGCGACAUUACGCUCUCCAUGUACUUUAUCGUGCUCGUACCGAACGAAGGCUUCUUUGACCUGGAGCCCAUUUACUCGAAAGAGUUUAGCCAGAACGCGUUUUUCCUCUCGGCGCUGCAGUUUGGCAUUGCGUUUGCGAUCCUGCUUUUCAUGUCGGUGCGCUACUGCGAGAAGAUGCACUUUCGCCUCGACCGCGUCCAGGCGUACUUGGCCGAGAUCGCAAGAGAAGUCGUCGACCACGAGGACGACGACGCUAGUAUGGCGGACGCGACGAAGCCUCUCAAGAAGGUCAAGAAACUACCCCCCUCCGUCGUCUCUCUUCUCUUCCUCUGCUACAAUGACGACAUUGCCUCGGACGACGAGGCUAACGCAACGUUUCGACGGCACCUCUACUAUGCACAGAUCGCCGUCAACGUGUGCGUCGCGUCGCCGUUUGUUGUUCUCUGGACGUGGGGCUUUACAGCCAUUUCGACCGUGCAGCCACCGGCCGUGGGCUUUUUCCUUAUUUUUAUUGGCUCCGGCGUCCUUAUCGGCUACUACGGUCUGCGCAAGUGGACGCAAAUGGGCUGGCGCAUGACGAAAGAAGUGCGCGUGGCCUUGGGCCUCGCGUGCAUCUGUGGCUUCCUCUUUCUCUUCUCGUCCAUCUUUGCCGACCCCAAAGUGUUUAUUGGCGGCGCCAACGUCGACUUCUUCUCGCUCACCGCGUUCUUUCUCUCGCUCAACAUGAUGCCAAUGAUUUGGCUCGUCUUUACAAACGACGACCAGCUGAGCAAGUCGCUCGCGCAGGUCCUCGCGGUCGUGACGAUUUCAAAAAAACACACGAGUGCGCUCCAAAAAGCCAAGCAUCUCGGAGACGCCUCCAUCAAGCUCGCUGCUGCCUCGGACACCCUCAAGCACAAGCGCGGCGUCAAGCCACUCUCGGCUUUUGACGCGCUCCUCGGUGCCCAUUAUUCGGUCGCUCGCACCAUCCCCGGGUUUGAACUCGCCGACAUUCUUCAAAACGCGUUUGUGACGCCGCCUGAGCACCAAAAACGCACCAAUCGUCGCUGCUAUGCCCUCGCGCUCGGCAUUCUUCUCGUUUACACGAUCGUGGCCAUCUUUCGGAGCGCGUAUCCGACCCAAGGCAUCGGCAUCUUCUUUACGAUUUUUAUUCUCGAUGCCACGUUCCUCCUCGUGUGGCGGGGCCAGCUCUCGUGGUCUGCCGGGUACAUUUCGCUACUGCUCGGGCUCUGCCGUGUGGCUCUGGUCGUCUCGUGCGGCACAUACUGGCUCCUCGGGCAAACCAUGGCCUUUUCCAUCCUCGGAUCGGCACUCUGUCGUGAGAUCAUUGGCCGCAACCUUCCUCGCAUGGGCGCGCGCGAAGCUGGCGGUAUCACGUUCUUUGGCCACGAUAGCUCCAAACCGCCGCUGCUUGACUUGAGUGCGACGCCCGAGUUUGGGCUUGGGUUCCUAUCGUUCUUCUUUCUGUUUUUACUCGUUGGCGUUGCGUUCACGGCAACGACGACAGUGACACUGCCCAUACUCGGGCAGCGCUGGCCACUCUACGUCUUUGGUGUCCUCGCGUUCGUGCUGGUGCUCUUCUCAGGACUCGUGCUCGCGUCGUCGCGCGCGUUCUACUUGAUGAAGCAGCACCUCCUCUCGGAGCACAGUGCCAACGUGUACUUGGGUGUCCCAGGCUUCAAGCUGCCGUUCGUCCUCGCUGCGGGCUCGGAGCUACUGGUCGUGUGCUCGGGUCUUUUCCUCUUUGCUGCGACGCAAUCGUCAUUCGUCCUGUUGACAUCGGUGUUUUUACCUGUCCUCCUCAUGCUUGGCAUGGUGGUGUGGGCGCAGUGGCGCCGAAACGACCACCGACUCGUCGUCUGGCCACCCGAAGACGGCGACGACGACGACAUGGACGACGAUGCGUUCGAUGAGGAAGCCGAGUUUGCAAAAGAAGCGGACGCAUUACGAUCGGCGUUUGUACUGCCGUCACUCCAGGCGUCGGCGCCCGGCACCGAGUUCAAAAUGCCACCACUGCCAGUCCUCAAGGGCAGCGCACUUUUGGGACUCGGCGGGGCUGCUUCGUCUGUCUUGCAACUCGCGGGCCAGACUGCUGAGAGCAGUAAGCCAGAUGAUGAUGACAAGAACAACCAAAAGACAUCGCGCGUCGACGAUGACGAUGAACUUGAGGCCGCGGCCAAGGAAGCCGACGUCGCAGAUGCCCCGCCAGUCACUACCCCCCUCGAUGAAGAUGGGAACCCAACGAUGCGUGAUAUCGAGAUCCUCGACGCGCCAGUAGCGCCGACCACGGCAACGGUCGUGGCGCCGCCGCGCAGGUCGUGCUGUGCGCGGCUUCGGGCCUUUAUAGCCAACGCCCGCAGCUUCUUGUCCCAUCCAUGGAAAAAGUACUCGGUUGUGCCCACGGCCGAGGUCGACUUUGAAAAAAUGAGCGUGAUCGACGCCUACCGGGGCGGCUACUUGUUGGAAGACGAGUACCAGACGCUGCACUGCUUUGCCGCACUGCUCGGUGGUAUCUUUCUAUAUGGAUUCUGCGCCACGUUCACCGAGGCGCCGCCGUGGAUUGGCGAGACCAUCUGGGUCGGAUCGUACAUUUUCAUCUUUUCCGUGUCGCCCGUCUUCAAGUGGUACCAUGUCGUGGAGAUCACGUCGGAUAUCCGCGCGAGUGCCCGUUUCUCGUACGGCCUUGCGUGGGUCCUGGGCAUCGCUCUCUUUGUAGAUGUACUCGAGCUCGACGUCAACGACGUGCAGUCGCUCUGGAUUCUCGUGGUGCUUAUUUACUACCCGCUCACGCUGCUCUUUAUCGUUGCAGUCUUCAAGUGGCACGACGACAAUUGGGUGCUCUCGCCGUUUGUACGGUCGGCCCUCCUCAUGUGCGCGGGCUGGUCGGUCCUCUUCCUCUUCGUCAUGUUCAUCUGGGCAUCGAUCCCAAUCGGCGGUGUCUUUGCCUUCCUCAUUAUAACGUUCAGCGUUGUCGUCUACUUUCUACUGCAAUGGGUCCGGAACGACUACUACCUCGCCCCCGUCGCGCAGCGUCGAGCAAAUCAACUCGUUGUCGGCACGGCCGUGUUCUUCAUCGCGCUCGCACUCUUCUUUGGCGUCAACUUGUUUUACUGCUUCUCGAUUAGCAUCAUUGUCAUUUUGCUCAAACUGGGCGUCAACGGUGUCGCAAUCAAGCUCUGCCGGGAGCCCGACCUCCAAAUCUUCUACUCCCCGUACGUGUUUCCGAUUUUCUCGUACAAUGCGACGACCAACAAUGUCAACAACGAAAACCAAGAGGCCGCCAACGUCUACAAGGCGCUCGGCGUCGUCUUUGCGUGGGGCUGCGUCGGCGUCAUGUUUACAGACCCGCUCGGCUUUGGCAUUGGUCUCUGCUCGCUCGCGCUCCUCGCGUUCGUCGGGUUUACCGCACACCUGUGCUCGAUCACGCCCGUGCGCAUGGGGCUCGCGACCAAGUAUGUUCACGAAGCGAUUCUGCACGAAGCAGCGACCGUCGCCAAAGAGGAGGCCGAGCUCGAGUACCAGCGGUUGUCGUAUGGCAAGCAAAAGUCGGCGCAGCUCGCUGCCGCGAUGGCUGCUGAAGCCAGCGCGGCGCCACCAGCUCGGCUCUCGGCCGCCGACAAUGCACUCGCGAUCCACGAGACGCUGUGGCAAUGCAGUCACCGUGUCACGACCAAGGGUCGCACCGUUCGCCGACGCGACGCUCUCUUUACGCUGCGCGAGAUCCUCAUCGAUGUGUUUCGUGACGGCAAAGGGCCACUGGGCUACAUUGGUUUGUUUGGGUGCGCGUACAAGGCGUAUGUACAUAUCAAGGCGCACCGAUACACACAGCGGGCGUUGCGCUUCCUGCCCGAUCGCAAACGCCUCAAACUACGUCGGUCAAUCCCAAUUCCGUUCGCGGCCACGUCGGCCGAGGAGCACGAGAUUGUGUUGCCGCCAUUGGCGGCCGAUGACGACGACGACGUGGAUGCUCCAGAAGCGGCGAGUGUCACGGAAGACACGUUGACGCUCUUGCGGUCGCUGCCGGGUCGGGACGUUGCGCUCGAUGCCGAGUUUUUCGAAGAGACGCGCUGUAUCAUCCACUUCCAGCUCCUUCUUCUCAACGCGGCGGAUGCACGCUUGAGCCGCGAACGCGUCUUGUUUCAGAAAUUUCUGCGCGAAAACCGGUUCAAACUCAUGUCCAAUGGCAUCAACCCGCCCGCCGAUAUUUUCAAAACGUCGUCGCACGCGUCGAUCGACAUUCCGCUCGUGGCCACGUGGCUCAUGUCGCUGACGCCCGAAGAGCGCGCGCGCUUCCACGCUCUAAAAGCCGCCUUUUCGCAGGAAAUGGAUCGCAAGGACGCCGUGAUUGACGCCGAAGACGCCGCGGCGCGUGCCCGCGAAGCCGACGUACGAGGCUACUGGGCGCCCCACGAAGCCAACAUGUGCCGCAAGAUGUACGAAGAGAGCGUCGCGCGGCGCACUCGGCGAGAGAGCGAAGGCAUUGCCGUCGAGACGGGUGUGCCCGAGGCCAUCAUCAACGCGCGCGAGGCCCUCGCCGAAAUCGAGUCGGGCUACGCGUGCAUUGUCGGGCAGUUUGGCCGGUCACUGCAGUUUGUGGACCCUGAAUUUCCUCCGACGUAUGCGUCACUCGCCGGCUGCGUCAAUGAAGCCGAGGUUGUCGACUGGCGCGUCUCGACAGGCAUCAACAUCACCGCCGGUCUCUUUGACGGCGGGACGGACCCGGACGACGUGCGUUUUGGGCGACUCCACGACGGCUGGUUCCUCAGCGCCGUGAGCAUCAUCGCUGCGUCCGACGGCGUCGACGACGGCAAGGUCGACGCGCUCAUCGACAACUUGUUUAUUACAAAGCAGACGUCGCUCACGGGUGCGUACGCGAUCCGGUUUUUCAAAAACUCGCAGUGGGAAACCGUCAUCGUCGACGACUACUUUCCGAUCCUGGACGACACGCACAAAAUGGACAUGAGUGGCGGCGCGGCCUUUGCCCACAGUGCGCACUUUGAAGAACUCUGGGUGCCCCUUCUUGAGAAGGCGUAUGCCAAAUACCACGGCGGGUACGCGGCGCUCGAGACAGGGUUUGUGCAUCACGCGCUACGGGACCUCACGGGCUUUGCGUCCGACGAGGUGUUUUUGGCCCAAGCGUCCCGCGGCGCGCGAAAAAAGACGCUCUGGAAGCAGCUGCUCUCGCACAAGCGCAAUCGGUUUCUGCUGGGCGCUGGCACCAUCUCGAGCGAUAAUGCCGACCACGAGAUCCUCGACACGGGCCUCGUCUUUGGCGCGUGCUACGUUGUUUACGACGUGCGCGAGAUUGACGGCCACGAGCUCGUCAAGCUCCGGAACCCGCCUGGGGACCACCCCGAGUGGCGCGGUGAUUGGGGCGACGACUCGCCGCUCUGGACGCGCCGCCUGAAAAAACAUCUCGGCAUCCGACCGGACGCCAACGACAAUACGUUCUGGAUGAGCUUUGACGACUUUUGCAAUGCGUUCCGGUGCCUCUACAUCUGCAAGUACUACGACCCUGCAAAAUGGCUCACGCAAACGUUCCAUGGCAAUUGGUCGGUCAAGGCCGACACGGCCGGCGGCCUUCCGACGCGCCACAACCCCGAUGGCGCUGUCGAAGCCAACCCGCAUUUCGCAUUGUCGGUCUCGCGCCCAACAGAGGUGAUCCUAACGAUCACGCAAAUCGACGAGAAGGGACUUGCACCAGUGACCGUGCUCCCCAUCGCCGUCUACAUCGUGGCCGGCGCGAUGGGCGACCGCGCCAGCCGUGUCAAAGUGCUGACGCGUGACGUUGUGGUCGAGCACAGCGGCCCGCCCGUCCGUGAACGCCAACUCGUUCUGCGUUGCAACCUCGCGGCUCGAACCUACACGGUGCUUGUGGCCGCCUACAAGGCGGGUAUGGAGGGUCCGUUCCAGAUGUCGCUCCAGACCAAUUAUGCGGUCGGAGUCGACCAGAUCUGGCCCGCAGUGUGGCGCGAGCCCAAGAAUCUGAACGCAGUCGAGAAGAUGGCCCUUCGGGUCAAGGACGCCGUCGCCGACUCGAGUGCGGUCGCCAAGCUCGCUGAAACGACGACCAAGUACAAAAAUAAGAUCGUCGCGGGCGUCAACGACGUACUCGAAGACGAUGAGGACGACUUGCACGAACUUGAAGAGGCCAAAGUUUCCCAGGAGAAAGCGACCAAGAAAAGCCCGUGGGUUGAGCAGUGGGACGACGCGCAGAACAAGCCCUUUUACUACAACAAGGAGACGGGCUCCGUAUAA